AUGUAAAGAUUCAUGCAAUAUUGUUUUGUGCUAUUUUCAUUCAUUUGCCUGCAUCUAUGAAGACUGGAUCGCAUUUAUAUGGUAAAUGCAUUGAAACUUCUUAUUCGACAGAUGUGAUAGUAUCAUGUACAUGUGACUCAGAUGAUGACGUCUUUACCUCCGUUUCAGAAAACGUCACUAUACUUAUCUAUUUCAAAUCGAGAAGCAAUAAGGCGAUUGACAAUCUGUGCCGUAAUACUUUCAAGAAUUUAAGGGCUAUAAACCUCACCAAUAAUAUGUUGAGCAGCAUUCCAAAAGGAUGUUUUUCUAACUUUCCUUCUCUUGAGAAUCUCAGCAUAUCAAACAACGAGCAUCUUGGAUUGGAUAAUCUAUACAAUGCGUGUUUCGGACUUAAUAAUACCAGAAUAAAACACCUUUAUGCAAAUAAUAUUAAUCAGGUGAAAAACAUUUAUCCUUUUCCAAAGAAUAUAUCUCUUCUACUUCAAAACACGACAAUGAAAUCGUUACACUUGGCGUACAACGAAAUUCAAUUUAUUGAAUCUGGGACGAUAUAUUCGUUGCCACAGACACUUCAAGAUAUUUCAAUCCGUGGAAAUAGAAUUGAAACAGUGCCAAAUUUUAUUGAGAUAGGGCACCUCAAAAGCCUCAACCGACUGGACAUAAGUUUCCAAUGCUCCACGCGUAAAUUCCGCUCCAGAUUUCGAAGACGAGUAGAUUUUGAACCAGAGUUUGAAAACCACACAAUCGAUGAGUUUUGCAGUUCAGAAGUGUCACAAGAAAGCAAGACUUUAAUGGCACUUCCGCCUAGUCUAAAGAAGUUGAUUUCCUCGGGUAUGAAAUCGGGAUCGACCUGCAUUCCGCCAAUGAAUAUUCGACGAGACAGCAUGCUCGAAUACAUUGACUUAUCUAAAGAUGCAUAUUACAGAUGGAUUGGUCCCCUUAAUUUCACCCAAUCUAAUCAAAUCAGGGUUCUUAUUUUAUCACAUAACCAAUGCCGGGAUAUUAACAGUGGAUUUUUUGACAAUUUGUUCAGCCUCUCCACGCUGGAUAUAAGCUACAAUUUAUUGGGACUUUUUUUCAAACGCAAUAAGAGCAAAGACGUCUUCGAGGGACUGAAAUCUUUAAAGAACCUGAUAAUGAGUUACAACUGGAUCAGCCAAGUGCCUGAUGAUCUUUUAUUACAUAACAGUUUGUUAGAAAACCUGGACAUCAGCAAUAAUGCGCUGGAAACUUGGAACAUCAGCAUCGGCCAUCUUAAAAAUUUAUCAUCCAUUGACUGUUCCUUCAACAAGCUUGAAACUCUUCCCAAGACCAUCAGGGAUAAUUUGGAUGAAUUAAGUCUUCACCAUAAAAUAACUUUAAAUUUUCAUCAUAAUAAAAUUUUAUGUUCAUGCGAGAAUGUUGAAUUCAUCAAUUGGGUCUUCAAAUCAGAAGUUAUCAUACACUUAUCAGAAGCCGACCAGUGCUCAGGAUACAGUGGAAAUAUUACCCAUGCUUAUAUUUACCUAAAAAAAGAAUGUGGCAAGAAUCUGGACAGAAGGGACUGGCUUUAUCCAGUUCAGUUCAUUGCUCUUCUUUUUAUUCUUUCUGUUAUGGCUAUUGUUGGGUACAGGAAGCGCUGGGCUAUCAUUUAUCGUUGGUACCUGUUUCGUCUGCGUAGGAAAGGAUACACUCCAAUAGGGGGAUGUGAAGAUGGCUACAAGUAUGACGCCUUUCUGUCGUUUGCAGAUGAGGACAGGGCCUUUGUUGAUAAAGUUGUGGGGCAAUUGGAGGAAGAUUCCGACACUCAAUUAAAGGUCUGUGUACAUUACAGAGACUUUACUCCGGGAAAAUCAAUUUCCAAAAAUAUUGUCAAUGCCGUUCACUCCAGCAAAAAGACAAUCGUGUUCAUGUCGCGUUCUUAUCUCAAAAGCCAUUGGUGUAAUUACGAACUUCGCAUGGCGGUAACAGAGGAAAACCACAUGAACCGCAAAGUAAUUAUAAUGACUGUCCUUGAAGAAAUACCCAAAGCAGAACUCACCUUAGAAGUAUUACAGUAUUACAAAACGAAUAGCUACAUUUCAAAACCAAACAACGAACAAGAAAUGAAACUGUUCUUGAAAACUUUGAAAGGAGUAGUUGCAAAUUAUUUAGGUUAAAAGGCGAGUUUUGCGCACCAUUACCAUUAAUGUUUUGUUUUGUUUUUUACAGAAAACUAAAACACUUUUGUGUAUGAAUCCGGUGUUGGACAGAGAAUAAUGAAAUUAAUUUAUUGCAAUAUAAGGGUAGACAGAACAGCUAAAUUUGUUGCAUACUCAA